UAAUUAUUUCAGAAUUUUGGUUGCAUUUAACUUUUGAAAGAACAAGUACUUAAUGCUGUUAAGAUUAUCAGUGCAUUUGAUAAAAAUUCAUUCGAGCGAGUGAUAUAGAAGAGAAUCACUGGCUUUGAAUCACCACCGUACACCUGCUGGUUCUGAUAGCAAUUUGUUGUCGAAAGCCUAAUGUAAAAAUUACGUGCCAUGUGCACAGAAACCCAGUUUAUUCUGCCUAGGUCUAAACUUUUAUCUUAAACCCUUGCCGACAGAUUAAUAUCACCACCCUUUGCUACAGACCGAAGCAGUGGAAGGAAUUAAAAAGUUGUACAGGUCUGUAGUGACUCAUUAUUAACCUAAUUGAAAUGGCUAGCUAGAAUAUAUGAGACGGCACAAUUAUCAAGUUUGAAUAUUUUUGUAGGCUGAGUUUAGGUGUUAGCAAUAUACAAGAAGAAAAUUAAACCUACCUUGAAAUAAUGAGUAAAAGUGAGUUAACAACCAAAUUACAAAUGUUGUAACUAAAAACGCGUCACCCUCUUUCUCGUUGUUAAAUAACGUAUCUGGUUGCUAGGUUUUUUCAGUGUUUUGAAGAUCCUACAGAAGCACAUCGGUUUUACAACUGAACAUCUCUUCUCGGAGUUGACAUGUGAUUUGGUAUUAUCGUGUUUUUUUUCUCUAUCCGGUAAAGCGUCUAUUGGAAAUGUCAAACGUGUAGGCAGUGGAUUGACCGGGACGAAAACACACGACCGUGGGAUGUAUUCCAUCGUGGAAUACAAAGGUUUAAAAUCCGGUUAUCAUUGUGGAUAUUGUAACUCGGACAAUGGAAAAGUGUCCACGGGCAUGUGGGCUCAUACCAUGUCAGUCCAGGACUAUGAAGAUCUAAUUGACCGAGGGUGGAGGAGGAGUGGUAUGUAUGUUUAUAAACCUACAAUGAAUCGAACAUGUUGCCCUCAGUAUACAAUAAGGUGUCAUGCUUUAGACUUCAAACUUUCUAAAUCAUCAAAGAAAGUAUUGAAGAAAAUGGCACGGUUCCUUUCCAAGGGAGAGGUAGCAAAAGGAACUGAUGUUGAACCCAUGGAUUCUCACAGUGAAGAUGCUGGAAUUGAUCAUCAGGCUGUACCAUGUAACUCAGAAGUCAAUGUAGAUAUAGAGAAACCUUUGAAGAUUGUGAGCCUCGAGGAAUUACCGGAGUCUGCUGAAAUACAGGAAAAUCCUCAACCAGAUGCUGCUAGUGAGAAAGGGGAACCAGGACAAAAACAUGCAUCCUCAGAGACCAAUGUUUCCACUGGUUCACUUAAAUGUACUCCGAAACCAGGCAGAGGAGCAGAUCCAAAUAAACCACCUUGUCGCAAAGCAAAAGUUAUUCGGAGGGAGAUGAAACUGACGAAACUGCUUCAGAAACAGCAGCAGAAAGAAAUGGCAGAUAUAUCCCAGCACCAAGAACCCUCUUCUUCCAACCCUCAUCCACACCCUCUGCAGCAUCAUGCCACCCAAGCAAAUAAGCCAAAAUCAUUGGAAGAGUUUAUUUCUGAGUCUUUAACUCCAGAUGCAGCCCAUAAGCUUGAGGUGAGACUAGUGAGGUCAUCUCCACCAAACUCCCAGUUCAAAGCAACUUUUCAGGAGUCUUACCAGAUCUAUAAACGGUACCAGAUGACCAUUCACAAGGACCCCCCCGAUAAAGCAACUGAAUACCAGGUGAAACUAGUGCCAGUUUCCUUCGAUGACCCAGAUUUCAUUGAAUCCUUUAACCAAUCAGCAGCUUUGUAUGCCAAGUAUCAGAUGGCUGUGCACCAUGAUUCAUCUGAUGAAUGUAAUGAAUCACAGUAUACAAGAUUCCUUUGUGAUUCUCCACUUCAGGCAGAGAAUCCAACCGAUGGGCCUCCUUCAGGUUAUGGAUCAUUUCACCAGCAAUACUGGUUAGAUGGAAAGAUUAUUGCAGUCGGAGUAAUUGACAUUCUUCCUCAUUGCAUCUCCUCUGUGUACCUUUAUUACGAUCCUGAUUAUGCAUUCUUGUCGUUGGGUGUGUAUUCUGCAUUCAGGGAAAUUGCUUUUACGACCCAGCUACAGAAAACAGCUCCCAGUAUCCGUUAUUACUACAUGGGCUUCUAUAUCCACUCAUGUCCUAAGAUGAAGUAUAAGGGUCAAUACCAUCCAUCUGAUUUGCUGUGUCCAGAAACGUAUGCCUGGGUACCUAUUGAAAAGUGUCGGACAAAGUUAGACCAGUCGAAAUACAGUCGUCUCAAUGAAGACAUAAAUGCAGAAGAUGAAAAUAGCUUCCGAGACCUUGGUCGAGUUCUUGUACUGUACAAAAAUGCAGUGAUGCCUUACAGCAUCUAUCAGAGACGAAAGAAGGGAAGAGCCGAUGAUGAAGCAGCAGUAAGGCAAUAUGCAAGCUUGGUUGGACAGACCUGUGCAGAGCGAAUGCUGCUUUAUCGAAGCUAAAAGCAUGGUUUAUGUGUUGACAAUAAAAAUAAGAAAAUGCUGUUUUCUAAAUUUAUGCUGUUUAACAAUAUCACAAUGCAAAAAUCAAAUUUUAAAUAACUCUAGCCAAUCAUUCAAUAUAUGUGUCUUGUAACAUUUUCUUUUUGUAGCAUUUAACCUUUCCAAUAUAGAACUUUUUCCAAACCAUGCCAUUUUAUUUCAAUUUUCUUUAGGCUACAUCUCACCAAAAAUGUCUUGGUCUCAUAGCGUCUCGGUUAGGAUAGCUGUGCUCUUGUUCUUUUGCUUUAGUUUCUCUCUUUCUUCCUUCUCUUUCCAUAGUGCUCAUUUUUUUUUCUUUUACUAUAAUCCUUUCCAUGCUGUCAUUCAAUUUUCUCAAUUUUGAUUUUUUCCAUCGAUGUUCUUUUCCCUAAUAUUACUUUAAAUUUGCUUUGAUUUAGUUUAUUUUCAUUUUUGUUCUUUUUAUCUUCAGUAUGUAAACAGCUGAACAACCUUAGAGUGCUAGACAGGGUUGCCACAUAUUGAUUGCUGGAUGUUGUAGUCUUUGUUUCCGUGUAUGUUUUGUUUGCUUUUCUCGCAGCCUUUACUCUGAAGAUGGGGAAGAGUGAGUUCAUUGAGUAAGAAUAUUUAAAUUCAGACGAGGUAAAUGCAUAUAUCUACAGUCCACAAUUGUCAGACUCCCCAAGAUAUUCUGGUGAGAUGGAAUGUUAUUAAAACCAGGUUUGUGGUUGAGUUUAUGAUUCUUUAUAAAAGUAUGAUUAAUUGGUUCUAUGAAUUUCUUAUUGCACAUAGAUCAAUGCUUGUCUGGAAAGGCCAAAGAAUACUAAAAGAUAACUAAUUGUUUUUUUUAAAAUAGAAGAGAUAUACAUAAUAGGUAUAAUAGCUGUAGUGCAGGAGGGGGGGAAAUAUUGUGACAGAUUUUUUGCUGCCAAGCAAAUAUUUCAGGGAAAUUAAAAUUAGGGCAAAGAUUUUGCAUAAUAUUAAAAUUGAGCAGUUAGGAAAGAAAAAACAUUCUGAACCAAUAAAGAUGAAGAAAAUCAAUUAUUUGUCCCAAUGUACACAAUUGACACAACUUUCAUCAUAUACUGUAUUUACAUAACUCUAAAAUAAAUGUAAAUGUUAAUAUCAGUCUUUUCAUUUUGAUUUCUUACAUAGAAUUCUGUUUGAUAGAUUAUCACCUUAGUUAGGCACAUUAUCGGUGUAAAUCUUUCACCUCCAUAAACCAUUCAGAUGUGGCAUCCAAGUCCAAAAUUCCGUAUCUGGAAGGGUUGCACUGGCACAGUGAACUCAUUUCACACUUGGCUGCAGCAUAGACAUAACAAGUGAUCGCAAAGUACAUUGAGAAGAGAAGCUAUUGAUCAUGAGUAUACAGCUGAUGACAGAAACUGCGUGGAUAGAAACCAUAUGUUGUUAGACAGAGUGCAGCACAUUUCUCAGCCUGCCAAAUAUCUAUAUAGAUUUGUUUGAGGUGGUGCACAUGUUGGACUGAUACAUAUUUAGAACAAUGUCAAACGGAAAAUAAACAUUUCCCCUCAAGACCAUGUGACACACUAUUUGAAUGGUGCUUUUAAGAUUGACAUAGGUAUUUGAAUUAGGGGAACAAAAGGGGAGAAAGUGGGAAGUUGCACAAUUCCAAAAGGUAGUUGAAGAAAUUUUGUUAUGGUAACAACUUGUUUUUAUAUAUGAACAUACAUGUUAGGAGCAGAAUUAGGCCUCUUGGCUCCUCGAUCCUGUGAGCCAUUCAAUAAGAUUUUGGCUAAUUUUAUUACUUCACAUUCCCACCUGUCCCCAGUACCUUUUCACCGCCUUGCUUAUCAAGAAUCUGUCUACCCCUAUGUUAAAGCUUUCAAAGACUCUGCUUCCACCAUCUUUUAAAGAAGACAGUCCCACAUAUUUCUGAACCUCUUAGACAAACGUUCUCGGCAUCUCAGUCUUAACUGAGCAACCCCUAAAUAUUAAACGGUAACCCUGGUCCUGAGUUCUCUAAUGAGAGGAGACUUCCUUUCCAUUUUUGUCCUGUAAAGGUCCUUCAGGAUGUUGUAUGUUUCAAUCAAGUCACCUGUUUCUGUUCUGAACUCCAACAAAUUAGCCUGUCCAACAAUUCUUCACAGAACAAUCCAUCCAUUCCAGAUAUUAUUCUAGUGAACUGUCUCUAAACUUCUUCCAAUGAUUUUACAUCCUUUCCUAAAUAAUAAAAUAAAUAAAUAUAGCACCUUUAAUGUAAUAAAAUGCCAAAGGUGAUUUAAAUAAAAUAUGCACCUGAGUCACAUUAGGGGAUAGAGCACAUUACUAAAAACCUUAUCAGAAGAAACAAAUCUUACGGUCUCAGCAACCGAAGCAUGCAACCAACAGGUGAACAAUUAAAAUUGGUGUGUUCAGGAAAUCAGAAUUAUUGAAGUGCAGUAGAUCGUAGAGUUGGAGGAGAUUACUGAGAUAGAAAGAGUCAGACCAUGGGUGGUUUUGAAAACAAAAAUGAGAAUGUUAACAAUCAAUGCAUUGCUUAACAUGCGGCCUCUGCAGGUCAACAAGAAUAAAGAUAUUGGGUUAAUGAAAUUUGAUGUGCAUUAAAACAUAAACAGUGGGGCUUUGGAUGUUCAAAGGUUUAUGGAGGGUAGAAUAUUACCAGUUGAUCUGGAAUUUGUUUAAAUUUUCAGAGGCAACAAAGGUAUUAAUGAGGAGUAACACACGGGCAGUGUAGGUGGUAAAUUCAGUAGUGGAAAUGACAGUAUGAAUGUGAUUGGAAUUUUAUUUCCAAGUUCGGUAUAAGUCAGGGUUUUUGAACAGUCUGAUUAAGCCACAGGCAUUUGCGGCAGUGAUCAAAACCAAUGACUUUAGUUCUUCCCAAUACUUAAUUGGAGAAGGUUUCUAGUAAUGGGUAUCAGCUAAGCAGUCUGACAAUUCAAAGACCUUGGGGGGGGGGGGUGGAAAAAAGCAGUGUGAAAGUAAAGCUGGAUGUCAUAAGCAUACAGGUAGAAAUGGAUAUUAAGCGGAAUUUUCAUUUCGUUGACCCCACAGUUCUGCCAUCUGGAGAAAUGUGGGUCAGAACCCAUGCCCAUGCUAUAUUGCCACUCCUGACUGUGGUCACCAGAUGCUGGAAGACCAAUAGGAGACUUUCCAGAAAGCAUAGCAGUCAAAUCAGUUGAGGCGGAAAGCUGCUAGGUCAGUAACAGAAUGAGAGGAUGAUCCUCAGAAAAGCUUUCACAAAAUUUUAAAAGAAUCAAAGUAGUCAGACUGUCAGGCCAUGCGCCCCAAUUGGAAAAUUGCACUGUAUGCAGGGUGGUCUUCAUGGGCCUUUUAGUUAGCUGCCAGCCACUUACAGAUAGCCAAUGGCAAGAAAUUACGAACCAUGGGCACCACUAAAUGAAAAGUCAGCCUGUUGUUUUUCCUAUGAGCAGUAGCAUGUAGGUAAGAGAUAGGAGAAAACAGAGGAUAGAUCUUGAAGACAUCACUAUUCUGUGAGAAUGGGAACACAAACCAUUGUUGGUAAUUGUAUGAUUGCAAUUAGGUAAGAAUGUUAAAAUGCAAGGACAGUAUCAUUCAGUUAGAUGACAGUGGAAAAACAUUGGAGGAGAAUGGUGCAAUCAGCAGUGUGGAAGGUUGCUGACUAGUCCUGAAGGAUGAGGAGGGCUAGUCUGUCUUUGUCACAGUCACAAUGGAUAUAAUUUGACUUAAUUAAAUAUACAGUGGCAGCGCAUAGAUACUUAAUCGCAUGUUCAAUUUCAACCAAAUCAUUCUAAUGUAUUAGUCAUUAACGUGUUGUUGUUCACUUAUCUGAUUGCUCGGCUAAGAGUAGCUUAUGUUGAUGAUCAUGAAGAGCAGCCAAGCAGCUGUUAGUGAUUAUGUUGAAAUAGUUUAGCUGAAAAAAUGGAUUUUCUAUUUUAUUUCACAACCAGGUUGUGAAGAAUUUUCCCAAGAGCAGAAUAAAUGAGCUGACUAUCAAAUUGUCCAACUUAUGUGUUCUGUUUAUGCAAUUCACUGAUAGCAUGAAAUAGAAACAGUAGGGUUGGCACUUCAAUUUGUUUCUGUGUAACAAUGGAACACAGAUGACUGUUUUCCAUAACAUGCAAAGCAUAUAUCUUUUCAUUCUCUUUCCACUAAUGGACCCCAAGAAGAAAUUGAAUAACUUUGGAUAGCUAUGGAGAAAAAGUGCCAACUUGUAUUGAUAUAAAACCUCAUUACUGGUACAUCUUUCAAGACACCUGAAACUGGAAGCGCUUCACCUGCCCAGUGACUGUCAGCCAGCCAGUGUGGUAGCCAUUUUGAUCACAGAACAGGCCAUAAAUGAGAAACCGCUAUUUUAUAUUGUGUUGGUUGUGAAUAUAAAUCAAAUACCUGGGAAAAUUAUAUAGAUCUAUGAUCCUUAAAAUCUAUCUAACUGCCAAAUUGACAUUCCCAACAAUAUAGUUUUUCCUUCAACUGUGUGCUAGCUAAAAUUACAUACUCAUGGAGUAAUACAGCAUGGAAACAGACCCUUCGAUCCAACUAGUUUUUGCCAAACAUAAUCCCAAACUAAACUAUUCA